AUGCCCAUGAACAAACUCGGACCCGCCAUCCAAGCCGGAAACAGCAUAAUUCUCAAACCCUCCCCAUUCACACCCUACACGCUUCCCAAGAUAUGUGAAAUCGCCCAACAGCUCUUCCCACCGGGAGUUAUCCAAUGUCUUGGCAGCAGUGACGACGAGUCGCACAAUCUAGGAAGCUUAAUGACGCAGCACCCGGGGAUUGGGAAAAUCUCGCUAACGGGGUCUGUGAGCACGGGGAAGAAAGUGAUGGCUGCGUGUGCGGGGACGUUGAAGCGCGUGACGUUGGAAUUAGGUGGGAAUGAUGCGUGUAUUGUGUGUCCUGAUGUGAAGGAUAUUGAGCAUGUAGCGGGGGAGAUAGUGCUCAGUGCGUUUUUGAAUACGGGGCAGGUGUGUGUGGCUACGAAGAGGGUUUAUAUUCAUGAGGAUGUUUAUAGAGUGGUGAGAGAUGCGAUUGUUAAGAAGGUCGGAGAGACGAAGGUUGGUGAUGGUGCGGCUGAGGAAGGGGUCAUGGUUGGACCGGUGCAGAAUCGGAUGCAGUUUGAGAAGGUUAAGGGGUUGGUUGAUGAGGUGAAGGAAUUGGGGUAUGAUGUUUUGACGGGUGGGGAGAAUCAUGGCCUUGAGGGAGGCCCCAUCCUCCCCCUUCUGCGAUGGAGCUCAGAAUCAGAUGUCAUCCACUCGGCCAAUGAUACCCCUACUGGACUGAGCGCGAGUGUCUGGUCCAGUGAUAUGGCGAGGGCUCGGCGAAUCGCCGCCCAGUUGGAUGUGGGUAGUGUCUACAUUAACAGUACGCAGAAGCCGAGCUUUCAGGGUUUGUUUGGAGGACAUAAGGAGAGCGGAAUUGGGGUGGAGUUUGGGCAGGCUGGGUUGUUGCAGUAUUGCAACGCGAAGUCGACGUAUAUUUGUUUUUAG